AGACAAAUGUCGAGAACUUUGGAAACUCUUGAGUUCGACAACAAAGCGCUGCGAAGACUGCCAUUGGAUGCGAUUGAAGACAAUUACGUGCGGAGUGUAAGCAACGCGUGUUUCUCACGCGUCAGACCCACCCCUCUCUCCAACCCACGGCUGGUCUCGUACUCCAAGUCUGCGCUCAAACUCAUUGACAUCUCGGAGGAAGAGGUGGUGAGCGAGGAUUUCGUGCAAUACAUGACUGGAAACAAACUGAUGUCCGGAUCAGAGCCGGCGUCUCAUUGCUAUUGUGGCCAUCAAUUCGGCACAUUCGCGGGACAGUUGGGCGACGGGGCGGUCAUCUACUUGGGCGAAGUGGUGACCAGUUGUGGCGAUCGAUGGGAAAUACAGCUGAAGGGCGCGGGACGGACGCCGUACUCGCGUGAGGCGGACGGACGCAAAGUGUUGCGCUCGAGUGUCAGGGAAUUCCUCUGCAGCGAAGCCAUGCAUGGGUUGGGCGGUGCGACCACACGGGCGGCCACUUGUGUCAUAUCCGACGAUAAGGUGGUCCGCGAUAUGUUCUAUAAGGGAGAGCCAACUCUGGAGUACUGCUCAGUCAUCUCACGACUCGCGCCCACUUUCCUAAGGUUUGGUUCGUUUGAAAUCUUCAAAACAGUUGAUCCCAUGACAGGACGUCGGGGUCCCAGUGUUGGCCGCAAUGACAUACUUCUAUCGCUCAUUGAGUACACAAUUGAGACAUUUUUCCCGGAGAUUCACAACCAGAUGAACAUAUCAAAUGUGGAAAAGUAUAAAAUGUUUUAUAAACAAGUGGUCAAUAAAACGGCACAAAUGGUGGCCUUUUGGCAGACAAUAGGCUUCUGUCACGGAGUCCUCAACACCGAUAACAUGAGUAUAAUUGGUCUGACCUUAGAUUACGGUCCCUUCGGGUUUAUGGAUCGCUUUGAUUGGGACCACGUGUGCAAUACGUCUGACGAAGGGGGCCGGUAUUCGUAUGCAAAACAGCCGGAAAUCUGUAAAUGGAAUCUCUUUAAGUUCGCGGAAGCGCUUCAACCCAUU